AUGCGUGGGUCACGGUGCUGGGCGACUGCACUUGUUCAAUUUCUACUUGUUUCUAUCCAACUUCCUACAACAUGCUUGGCACACGACAGUGUUCAAGUCGUAACAGCGUCAGUGAUAACACCAGGCCAACCGAGCUCGACGAUCACAGCACCGGCACAGACACAUACGAUUCAAGUUGGUCUAGCAGAUCACAAGUUCAGACCCGAGGCAACGAUGGCCAACGUCGGUGAUACUGUGGAAUUUGCCUUUUACCCGCUCAACCACAGCGUUGUUCGCGCCGAGUACGGUUUCCCAUGUAUACCCUACGAGAUGACAGGAGCAUCCAAAAUAGGGUUCUUUUCUGACUUCCAUCCCGUCGACACGGUCUUGUCGUCACCACCCACAUACCGUAUCGUCAUUAAUGAUACCGACCCCAUCUUCUUCUACUGCUCCGCCCCCGGCAGUUGUAUCAACUAUGGAAUGGUAGGCGCCAUUAACCCCAACGCCUCGGCGAGUGUACAGGAGCAGCAACAGCUGGCACUGGACAGCAUGUACAUGCUCAACCCAGGCGAACCCUUUCCAGCCGAAACACUCUCACCGAGUAACCCGCCGACCAGCACUCCAACAUCCAGUCCAGUUCCAGAAAAUACAGCCAGCACUAAGAGCCGCCUCUCCACCCGCGCCAUAAUUGCCAUGUCUGUCACCAGCGCCAGCAUCACCAUCCUCGCCGCCCUCCUCUUCUUCUUCUGGGGUCGCACCAAAUCCCUAAAAGAGGAAAUAAAGCGCAAAGCCGAGGGACCAGCGCUGAAGACUGAGUCGCGCGCUCAGUGUACGGGGCGUGCUGCUGGCGAUGCGGCACGGGGCGACAAGGACGUCCCCGGCUAUUUUGAUGCCGUGUUUGCUAAGCAGAUGACGAGGGGCCGGGCGGAGAGUGGGGAGUAA